GUCAAGCAAUCGUGAGGCAAAACGCACCCAACCUCUCCCAGCCACUCGCCACCACUCGUUGAGGCUGUGACGUGCCGGGGGCUGUUUCUGUAGGAACGGUGACACUGCCUGCACACGCAGUCACUCUCAUUUCUCCUUUUGCACUCACUACCCAAGCUGCUUUUACCAUGAACUAAACCAACUAUUCAACAACCUCAAAGUAUCAACACUUUUACGACGUUACGACUGGAAUUUCCCCGCUAUUCGAUUUUGGUUCAGCAUCUCUUGUUCUUUGGAAUUCGGCUGCUCAACGUGCGACAGGCCCAACUGAGACUGGGCUUUGUGCACUGGAAUCUGACCGGUUUCGAAACUCUACGGUUGCCAUCCGCAUUCCUCGCUUCGAUAGCGGGAAGGGCACACGCACCAACGAACAAUGGCGCCGGCCGUCAUCCAACAAGCAGCUGUUCUGCUUAGACGAUCCAGCCCGGCCAGCCAUCUCUUACAAGCUCGUGAGGAUGCACCAGCUCCGCCGUCAGGCAAAGGCGUACUAGACCCGCACGACAUUAACAAUGUCGGCUUCUUUGUGCUGUUUGCCUUGAUUGGCCUGGGCUUUGUGAUUGCAGGCAUUUGGUUUUUCUUCUGGGCAAAGAAUGGCGGCUUCCACUUUAAAGACACCGACUGGGAGGACUACAAGACAACAGUACUACGUCGAAGGGGUCCUAACGGCACACUGCUAUCUGGAGCUACGCCCGUGACGGAUCUAGGCGGCGGCAGCGUGUACAAGGAUGUGGCUGACGACGAUGGCAAGACCACGAUUACAGACUCUACUGGCCUAAGUGGAAUCACUGCCGGUGCUAGCGACAUUGCUGCCCGUGAACGACGCGAAGAGAAGCGUGAGAGAAGACGCCGCGAAAAGGACGACCGCCGCCGAAAAGAAGGCACUACCCGCCACGUUGGCGAGGAGGGUGUGACUGAUGAGUUUGCGGAGAAGAAGGCACAGGCUGAGCUUCGCAGCUAUCGACAUGAACGGGCUGCCCGUGUGGGUGGUCUGAACAAGGAGGCUGAUGGUUCGGAAUGGGAUCGAUCUACAAACCCUACCAACUCGACGGUAGACUCGGAACUUCUGUCCCAUCGCCAGCGCACUCCUACCACUACACCUACCAAGAAGGGCGGCAUCCGCAAGGUCUAUUCCACCACGGAGAGAGAGACGGAACGUAUUAGAACAGAGGCUAAGCGAACCCGUGAGGAGCGCUCGUCGCGUCGGGACUUUUCGUUCCAGCGUGCAGGUGCUGGUGAUAGUCUGUUGGAGGAGGAGAGCAUGGUAGAUGGCAAAGAUGCUGACUCGGGAACAAAGAGCUACCACCACCCGCGACCAGAGUUGAGGGGUGUGAAUGGCGGUUCUUCUCCUCGGGAUAGAGGGCAGAGGGACAAGGAGAGAGAGGAGCGCCGGGCUCGUCGCGGAGGAUACCGCCGUGGACAUGACGACGAUGAUUUGUAGAGAGCUGUUAUGAUGACUCUGCGGAUAUAGAGAUGGAAGUAAGGAUGGAAUGAAUUUUAUGUAGAUUAUCGACACCCAGAAUGUAUCUAUCUAGUCAAUGCAAGCAAGUAUUUGUUUUAUAUCGUUUAUGUGUCUUUAUUACAG